AAUGGGCGGGCUGUGGCUUAGCCAAUCGUCACGCUCGGUGCAGGAAAGGCCCAGGCGCCCCGGCUGGAGAAGCGGCAGCCCGGGGGCCAUGCCGGUCCGCACCUUGGCCAGCAGCUCUGGCUCCUCUUCCCUUAUCCCUCCUCCGCCUAUCAAUACGCAGCAGCCCGGGGUGGCCACCAGCCUGCUGUACAGCGGCUCCAAGUUCCGGGGACACCAGAAGAGCAAAGGGAACUCGUAUGAUGUGGAGGUGGUGCUACAGCAUGUGGACAUGGAGAAUGCCUAUCUGUGUGGAUACUUGAAGAUAAAAGGCCUUACUGAGGAAUACCCGACCCUCACUACCUUCUUUGAAGGAGAAAUAAUUAGUAGAAAACACCCGUUUUUAACGAGGAAGUGGGACGCAGACGAAGAUGUGGAUCGGAAGCACUGGGGCAAGUUCCAAGCCUUCUACCAGUAUGCGAAAACCUUCAAUUCAGAUGACUUUGGGUUUGAUGAGUUGAAAGCUGGAGACUAUGUCUUCAUGAGAUGGAAGGAGCAGUUCUUAGUCCCCGAUCACACAAUCAAAGACAUCAGUGGCGCUUCCUUUGCUGGCUUCUAUUACAUAUGCUUUCAGAAGUCUGCUGCAACAAUAGAAGGCUAUUACUACCAUCGGAGCUCCGAGUGGUACCAGUCUCUAAAUCUGACACAUGUCCCCGAACACAGCGCGCCUAUCUAUGAAUUCCGGUGACAAGAUGUGGAACACCAAACAAAAAAAUCCCACAACGGAGAUCGAGCGGAGCUGUCCGCUUCCAAACCUGCUGCUCGCCACUUCUGUCCAAGCUAGAGACUCUGAGAAGAAUGUAUGAGUGUUAUAAGCAAUGACGCAUGAACUGGUCUACUGGCGUCCACUUCCUAUACCUGCCGCAGUUUUUAUUUUAAUCCGCCGGAUUUUCUUGUUUUAUGUGUUUUUUUUUUUUUUUUUCCUUCCUCCUCCUCCUCCCCACUCCCACCCCUGUGCUUGAUAUGAUGCUCCUCUGUUAGUCCUAAGCUCAAACCAACAAAGGGACAUUUUUCCUGCCGAUGGAGCGUGCACCACAGCAAAUUGGGAAGUUGUCGUUUGCUCGUCCAUCUCGUUAUUUAAAAAAAAAAAAUAUAUAUAACGGAUUGAGUGACAAAGACCGGUUUUGCUUAUUCUAUUGACUUCCAAUUGAGCAUGUUCCGUGUCAACUUCAACAGUCGCAAGACGGGCCAAACACUCCAUUUGUUGUAGAGGAAUUGCCCUGGACCCCCCCCCCCACCUUUUCCUACUCCAAAUGCGUUCCUUUGCCCCAAAAUUCUUACAAGAGUGAUAUUUUUGAUUCCUUUUACCAACGAAAGAAGAAUCUACUCUAGACUGCAAUACAUUUUACCCGUUUUCACAUUGAAAAUGGCAAAUGUCAGAUUUUUUUAUAUCUAUAAAUAUAUAUUAUAAAUGCACAUAUAUUUAAUCAAAAAUCUAAAUCUAUGGAUACCUCCAGAGAAAGAAACUAGGUGAAGGCUUGAUGACUUGUGGCACGGAAGUCUGGUCGACUAAGGUUAUACCUGCUGGGUGACGAUCCAUGCUCCCCGCCUCCCCAAGGUAUUCCAGUUUCUGCUGUGCAAAUACCCUACUGAAGAAGGGGGGUUGAAUGAACCAGGACUGAAAAAAAAAAAGUGCCAUCUUGUGGCUAUUUGUAUUUUGCAGUAUCAUUUUGAGAAUUCCGGAAAGACUACAAUGCAAGUGACUUUUCGCGAGGAGCUACACCGGGACUGCUGCCGUUUCAGCAAUCAGUCUCGCAGAAUAAAAGCAUGGGAUGGCUUCUUCCGCUGUUUUUUUUAUUUUUUAAUCAUGCUUAGGACUUUCGCUCAUCUCACAGCCCUGACCAGCAUACACCGAUUUAAUGCUUUUAUUUAUGUUUUCUAUAUUACAUCCGCCAAAAUUUCUGUGUUGGGGAUUAGUGUCAUAAGAGAUUUUCUCGCCGCUACCGGUUUGGUUUGCAUUUCAUCGCUAGCUUAUUGCGUGUAGAUCUUUUUUUUAUUGACAAAAAAAAAAA